UCCCGCCGCAGUGUAGCAAACGACGCGGCUUCAAAGGCGGUUAAAUCAAGAUCAGAACCCUGAACUAGCGCUCUUAUCAGAACAGAAUACCCGCACGGAGAGGAGAGGAGAGGAUGUGUCUUUAUUUAGACCUGUAUGAGAAUAAUGGUUCUACUUAUAAAUAGGUGAACAACAUCAGGAACUCUUAUGUGUGUUAUUCUGUGUUGCCUAUGGCUACAGGGGAACAUUUAAAUCACUGCUCAGUUUGUUACAGGUCACAUAGAAGUUUAUAUUCGUUUCUAGGAAUCCAUAGUUUGCCAAACAAAGCUUCCAGUAGAAACAGAGGAUUUUGGCUAAACUCUUUGCUUUUUCGUUUCUAUUUCUUGGGGAAAAGAAGUUGCGCACCUGUGGACUAGCUACUGCACAAUAACGCGGAGACAAAACGCACAUCUUUGAGGAAAGAGAGUUUUGAUGAAAUAAAAGCAUUGGAAACCAGGUGAGAUGCUCUGACAGAUAAUUUAGGUGAUUGUGGAGACAAGGCAACAGCUGUCAGUCAGAGCUCGGACCCCCUCCUCUCUUCACGCAGUGCGCAUGACCGUCGAGAGAGAACCGCACAGACGAGGGAAAUUUAAAAAACGGUUUUUUCUUGCGGGACAACAAGUGCCCCGACCAACAGUAGAGCUUUCCUCUGUCUCGUUAUCCAACAUUUUCUAUACCCGAGAAGAACUGCAGCAUUAACAGAAGAUGAUUGAAAGUGGAAUUACAAGCAGGAUGUCAGGAAUUCAUGAAAACCCUGCACAGAGUCACCACACCUCCGCACAAGACUACAGACUCCUGACUACUGACCCUUCGCAGCUGAAGGACGAGCUGCCCGGUGAUCUUCAGUCCCUGUCCUGGCUCACCUCUGUGGAUGUUCCCCGACUGCAGCAGAUAGGAUCUGGACGACCUGAUUUUGCCAGUUCUGCUCAGAACAGCCUGCUGGAGCAGCAGACAGCUCAGCUGAAUAGCAUGACGGGAGCAGGAGGAGCAGGAUCUGCGAUUCAUCUACAGAGUGAAAUGCAGCACAGUCCUCUGGCCAUCAGCAGCAUGCCCCAGUUUUCCCCUGGGUUUCCGUGUGCAGCGUCAGUGUACCAGACCGCCCCUCAACAAGUUCUCACUUUCACUCAGGCAAACCAACAGUGUUCUCCUGGUGGACUUUAUGGCAACUACAACAGCCAGAGUCUGUUUCCUCAACCCCGCAUUACCGCUCACAACCAGGACUUGCAGCCCAAGACUUUUCCUAAACCCAUCUACUCCUACAGCUGUCUGAUUGCCAUGGCUUUGAAGAACAGCAAAACAGGCAGCCUUCCUGUUAGUGAGAUCUACAGCUUUAUGAAAGAGCACUUCCCUUAUUUCAAGACGGCACCUGAUGGAUGGAAAAAUUCUGUACGCCACAACCUGUCCUUGAACAAGUGCUUCGAGAAGGUGGAGAACAAGAUGAGCGGUUCCUCCAGAAAGGGCUGUCUUUGGGCACUCAAUCCUGCAAAGAUCGAUAAAAUGGAGGAAGAGAUGCAGAAAUGGAAACGCAAAGAUCUCCCAGCCAUCCGUCGCAGCAUGGCCAAUCCAGAUGAAUUGGACAAACUCAUUACAGACAGACCGGAGAGCUGCAGACAAAAGUCCAUUGAGACUGGGAUGACUCGCUUGCCCAGCUGCCCACCAGGGCCGACCCUCCCAAUACCAGCGCAGAUGCAGCCCCAACCAGUGGUCACUCUCUCUCUACAGUGCCUCCCUAUGCAUCAGCACUUUCAAAUGCAGCUCCAGAAUCAGUCUCGCUUGGCUCCGGCCUCCCCUGCUCCUGCUCAGACACCCCCUCUCCACACCAUCCCCGACCUGACAAACAGCUCCCUCCCUCAGCAUCCUGUCAAGCAGCACAGCGACUUCUACACGGUUCACGGCACUGACGUGAAUUCAGAGGUGGACGCUCUGGACCCAAGUAUUAUGGACUUUGCCUGGCAAGGAAACCUGUGGGAGGAGAUGAAGGAUGACAGCUUUAACCUGGAGGCAUUAGGUACACUCAGUAACUCCCCACUUCGGCUGUCUGACUGUGACCUGGACACUGGCAAUGUCACGCCUGUGUCCAAUGCAGGGGGACUGCCUUACCCAGACCUGCAGGUGACAGGCCUCUACUCUUCAUACUCGGCUGUGGAUGCCCUUUCUAACCAGUACAUGAACACACAAGGAGGAACAAAACCUAUCGUUUUGCUUUAAUUGCACCUGCAAGAAAUGAAACAAGCUGAGCUUUACUUCCCAGGACCAUCUAUAAAGCUUUCAAUCCUAGCUUUCGUGGUGUGUCAGACUCCAAAAAAACAUCCUGCAGCCAAAAAUUUUUUUUUUUGCAAAAUUAUUACAACAUCAGAAAGAAAACAUCCUGAAUUGAAUAGAAUGGCAUUUAUGGUGACGUCACAGUAUUCAAAUGUGUCAUUUGCAUUGACUGUAUUAAUUGCAUUAAAUGCAAUGGGUUUGAAGGGAACAAAUCAGCAAUUUUUAUUUUUAUUUUUUUAAAGAGAAUUUGCAUGGUGAGAGAGUAUUGAUAAGGAGUUUAAAGAUUUCCUCUUAACAGCGCAGUCCAGUGCAAAUACUGGCAUUGUGGCCAAACAUAAUCAUACAAAUUACAGUGUUGUUAUCAUUAUACGCCUAAUGCAAAUUGUGAGUUAACACAACACUUAAGGAACAAAGAUCAAAUCAUGGAAAUUAUGAUUUUGGGUGUUGCCAAGUUUUUUUUCUGUACCAUAAAAGGAAUUUGUUUUCUUCGCAUUUUGUCCAUGUAACUGUUAGCCUUGUAACUGUAGUUGUGUGUCUUUUGUUGUACUGUGAUAGACACUGUAUCUGCUCUUUAAUGUUUGUUUAUUAUUUAUAUUUAUGAAAAGAGCUGAAAUGGUGACAUGAAUCAUUUUUUAUUGUACAUAUCUAAAUAUUUUGAAUGCAAGCAAUAAAAUUUCACAUUCAGAUUGAAAGAUGUAUUCAUUUAACUUGCUUUUAAUUCUUAAUGACUUUUAAAUUUUUUACCAAUGUUGGGAAGGUUACUUUGGAAAUGUAAUAGGUUACAGAUUGCCCCAUCUAAAAUGUAAUAGUGUAACUAUUUCAAUUACUUUAUUAAAGUAAUGUAACUGAUUACAUUGGAUUACUUUUCUAAACUUCAAAUGUUUUCAACUGUUAAUCAUUUUCAAACCUGUAAACCAGACAGUUAUCCUAACAGUAGUAUUCAACACUGAUUACUAUCAUUUGAAUUAAGAUUAUAAUAAUUUAAUUUUAAAAGCACAGCCACCACAAAAUCAGACUUGCUUUGAGAUCAUUCUGAGGUUAAAUACAGAUUUAAAACCGUAACAAGAAAUGGUUUAAUAGCUUUGAUACUGUUUUUGAAAUCAAAUCUUUGCAUAGUUAUGACAGGAAACACUGGCAUCUAACAAUAGCUGGAAAAAAACAAACAAAAAAAAACAGUUAAUCUUAAAAAAAUAAAGCAUAUACAUAAACCCAAAUAGGAAAUAAAACAGUUAUCGAAUAAGCACGUGUCCUAAACUCCUGAAACAUUGGUGACUCAUAUUCACCAGAGCAAUCACUGCAAUUCAUGAAAGAAAAUUAAAUUACGCAAUGUAACUAGUUAUUUCCCAAAACUGUACAUGACAAGCAUAUACAGUAUGUAUGAACUGUAUUGCAGGGUGGCAUUUA